AUGGACAAAGCAAAAUAUAUCUGUGGUGUUUGUGGUGAUAAAGCCCUCGGGAGAAAUUUUUGUGCCUUUUCUUGCGAGUCGUGUAAAGCAUUCUUUAGGAGAAAUGCCUUCGAGUAUCGAAAAAUGAAGUGUUAUUACGGAGACAAGUGUUUAAUAGAUAUUAAAUCGAGAAUUGUAUGUAGGAAAUGCAGACUUACAAAAUGUUUCGCCAUUGGCAUGAGAAAAGAAUGGAUACUGAAUGGCGAGCAAAAAGAGAGUAGAAGACGUCAAAUACAAGACAAGAAACAACAUAAAGAUGUCAAUAAAAUAGUUGACAAAAAUGAUGACAACUCUUCAGCAUUUCAACCAAUGGUGACCACAGAUAAUGAAGUGUCGGAUAAUUUGUUUGAGAUUUUAGAAAACAUUGACAUAAAUGAAGACAAACUUAACUCUCAGAUAAAGGAAAUUGAAAAUAAAAUACCAGUGAUUCCUAUGAUUCCUAUCGUGAGGCCAAUUAAUAACAACUCAUUCAAUGAGACGUUUACGGAGUUAAUCAGUGUAAUCGAUACCAUGAGGUUACCCACACUGGAACUCAUAUCGCAAGUACAGGAUAUAUUAGAUGCCAUCACAUUAGCGGUCAAUAAAUUUGAUGAAAUAUUUCGAAAGUCGGUCAAAGCAUUCAAAAGACUGAAUGCCUUUAAAAAUAUAUGCAAAAGUGACCAGGUCCUACUUCUCAAAUACAAUGGCAUUCAAGUGACAUGCCUGCGCUCAAUGACUAUUUAUGAUUUUAAAUUGAAGCAAUGGGCUGUUCCUAUAGAUGAUAACAAUUCAACUCUAGUGCAUAUGAAGGGUAUGACAGAAUCAAUGAAACCUGCUAAAAUAUGUGGCGUUUGUGGCGAUAUAGCUAUUGCCAAAAAUUUCUGCGCCCUUUCGUGUGAAUCGUGUAAAUCAUUCUUCAGGAGAAAUGCAUUGGAAUUGAAGUGUCGUUACGGAGACAACUGUCAAAUAGAUGUGAAGAUGCGACGAGUUUGUGGGAAAUGUAGACUUAAAAAGUGUUUCGCUAUUGGCAUGAGAAAAGAAUGGACACUCAAUGAUGAGGAUAGGAAGACAUGGAGACUUAAACGGAAAAAUACGAAACAUAAACAAAAUGUGAUUACCAAUGACAUAAUAGACAAACCUGAUGAGUCAAAAACCAAUGCAGAUGGUCAGUCACUUAUUGAUAUCGAUAAUCAAGUGACAGAAAAUGUGGAUUUAGUGGAUAUUUUAGAAAAUAACAAUAUAUGUGAAGAGACACAUAAUUUACAAAUUAUUGAGAUUGAAAACUAUGUGUCAAAUGAGAUUAAUAGCCAAACAAAUAGCGAUUUAGUGGCUAUAGAGAGACCCAUUCAAAGACAUUCAUUUAAUGAGACAGAAAUCAUGAGAUUUAUUGAAUUAAUUAAAGUCAAUGAUAACACGAGACUCCCUUUACUUGAGUCCACAUCACAAGUGGACAAUAUAUUUGAUGCCAUUAAACUGGGUGUUAUCAAAUUUGAAGUAAUCACCAAAUACGUGGUCAAGUCGUUCAAAAGCCUCCAUGCAUUUCAAAGUAUGUGUGAGCAGGAUCAAAUCUUACUUCUGAAAUACGGUGCUAUUCAUAUGGCAUGUAUGCGCUCAAUGACCUGUUAUGACUACGAAUCUGGAUACUGGAGGGUUCCUAUGAACGAUUGCAACUCAACUCUAGUUAAAGUGAAGUUACUUAAAGACAAUAUUAGAAAUGACUUGCAUUUGCCGAUUGAAAAAUUAUGUCAAUUGAAAAAGGAAUACGAUUCCGACGAUAUUAUUCUGGACAUAUUAAAAGCAAUCGUUUUAUUUGACCCAAACAACCCAAACCUUGUUUAUCGAGAACCAAUUAAACUACAACAACGAGUUUACAUGUAUUUACUUCACCGAUAUUUACAUUUAAAAUACGGCUCCGAAUCGGAUGCGAAAUCAAAGUUUGCACAACUCAUGGAUGCAAAAUGUCAGCAUCAAAUAAAUCUGGAAAUUUAUGUGGUGUUUGUGGUGCUAAAGCUCAGGGACGAAAUUUUUGCGCCCUUUCGUGUCAACCCUACGUUGAAAUGUAAUUACGAUAACAAGUGUCCAACCGAUGUGGAGAUGAGAACUGUGUGUCGGAAAUGUAGACUUCAAAAGUGUUUUGGCAUAGGAAUGAGAAAAGAGUUUAUAUUGAAUGACGAGGAAAAGGAGAUUAGAAAACGUAAAAUACGAGACAAUAAACAAAAACAACUCAUUAGUAAAAUAAUAGCCAAAACAGAUGUGUCGACCGACACUUCCAAACAUAUACCUAACGAUACGUUCAAUGAGACGGAAGGCAUGAAGUUUAGGGAACUCAUGAGUGCCACAGAAAAGGGUAGGUUUACCUUGACUUUUGAUGUCAUAACUCAAGUGUUAGACCCAAUGGAAGCCAUCAAAGUGUUGACCAUUAAUUGCGAGAGAGUACAUUACUACUAUAACGAGUGCGAGCACUGGAAGUUCCCGCAGUCAACAGCUAUUGUGUUAUUUGACUCAAAUCAGCCAAACCUAACCCAUAGGGAAACAAUUAAACUUCAACAAAAGGUUUACAUGUAUUUACUUCAACGAUAUCUGCAAAUGAAAUACCAGUCCAAGUGUGAGGCCGACUCCAAGUUCACAAAACUCAUGAAUGUUAUAACAUGUACUAAAGGGACACCACAAGAACUUAUUCUUGAUUUCUUGAGUGCCUUACCCUCUGAUGUCUGUCCACUUCUCAAUGAGAUCUAUGAUAGAACUCCUGUACAGACUUUACAAUUCAGUAAUUUGGAUUACAAAUACUAA